AUGGACGUCGACAUGGACGAUGCGCGUGCGGAAGCCGCGGACGUGAUCGCCUUGGACGACGCGUCGAUGGCGGUCGAAGCCGACGACGACGCCACGCCGGGCUCGCUUCUUCACGGAGACCAGAUCGUGGCCACGGACGAGGACGAUCACGACGAGCGCCCCGCGUCGCCCGCGGACGCGUCCGCCGCCCCCGCCGAGGACCCAAUCGCGAUCGACGGCUCCGACGACGACAAUGCCCUCGACGACGGCGCGCCGGACUCGCCUCAAUCGGACGAAAACCUCGACGAUAUCGACGGAGACACCGCGGUGCGCCCCCCCCCAACCCUCACCCCUUCGACUCCCCACAGGGAAAAGACCCGUCGCCACGAGCAACGCGAGAGAAGAUAA